AUGGUGAACAGCGAAGGCGAAGACGAUGGCAAUUCGCCGUUUGCCUCCGACUACGAUAGUGACGAUGCGUUUCGGAGACUGAUGGAAAAGGCGAAUCCGGCGAACAUGACCGUCGAGAAGCACUACAAAGGACCUGUGCUCACAUUGCCGCUCGACAAACAGCAAAUAGCGGCCAUGAUCGAAGCCUUCAAAGUGAACAAGAUUAUGCAUGUGCGGUACGUGCUGCUGAUUCUCUUCGAGGCCCGACGGCUUCUGAAACAGCAGCCUACGGUCGUUCGCCUUUCUACCUCAAUUUCUAAUCAGAUUACGGUAUGCGGUGAUUUACACGGGAAAUUCGAUGAUCUUUGUAUUAUUCUUUAUAAGAACGGCUAUCCAUCGCUUGAUAAUCCAUACAUCUUCAACGGUGACUUUGUUGAUCGUGGAGGCCAAUCAAUCGAGGACCAUUCGACCACCAUCACGAAGACGCUUGAAGACUUGUUCUCGUGGUUACCGAUCGCCACCAUUAUCGACAAACACAUUUUUGUUGUCCAUGGUGGGAUCUCGGAUAAGACAGACUUAACACACCUCGACAAAAUCCACAGGAAUAAGUACCAGUCGGUACUCCGUCCUCCUAUCCGGAAAGGUUCUGAGAAGAAUUCGGUGAAUGUAGAUGAGUGGAAGCACAUGCUGGACGUUCUGUGGAGCGAUCCAAAGCAGAACAAAGGAUGCUGGCCAAACGUAUUCCGAGGUGGUGGAUCGUACUUUGGAGCCGACAUCACAGCGUCUUUUUUGGAAAAACACGGAUUCAGUCUACUCGUUCGAUCACACGAGUGCAAAUUCGAGGGCUACGAGUAUACGCACAAUAAAAUGUAA